AUGUUGGAAGCUGGGAGGCGUCACAAACCUCAGAUGGACGCAGGGGUACCGCCUCCUCCAGGAGAUGUUGCGAAUAUGGCACAAUGGUCCUUGCCAACCGAGGACUCGCGGACGAACGUGACCGAUCCUCACGUAAGACAUAUCACUCCCCAUGGCCCUCCGCCUCAGCGGCCCCCACGCCCCGACAUGCCAUCCCCGUCUGUAUACUCGGAAAGAAGCUUCCCAGAUGUGGCCCCGAGCCCCCUACAUAUUAAACGACCAGCCCCGUCAUUCUCCCAGCCUCGCAUCUCGGUUGCGACAGAGGAUCUUAUGAGACAUUCCACAGUUUCCUCGGCCGCAUCCAUGGCAUCGAUCUCUGACUUCCCGUUCCCUUCUCAACGUUUGCCUGCCGAUCCGACUCACCGAACAGUAGCAAAUCUUGCGCCUCCACCUAUGGGACGGCCGAUUAUCAAACGCAGGUCUUCUGUGUCACCUAUCCCGGAGGAAUUGUCUGACAGUAAAAACUCCUAUGGGUCAAGCAGGGUGGUUCCAUCGUGGGCCUCGGCAAAGGCCGAAUCCGAAAUUUUAGGAACCUAUCUUGACGGUGUUUCAGACGAUGACGGAGAUUCUGGCCAUGCUUCCCAUGGGAAGAAUUCCGCCCUGGUGAGACAGGCAAGUAUAGGAAAACGGGGCCAGCCUUCAGUGUGUAUGAUCCGUAGAUCUACUGCCGAGUCGCCUAUACCGCCUCCAGAGGAUCUUGCAAGAGCUAGACCUGCUACUCCCGGAGGCCGCCCCCCUCCAGCAUUCUCAAAGGAGGUUUCAACUGGUAAGGCAAAGAGAGGCUCAUUUCUGACAUCUUCAUCUUCAUCCGUGUCAUCUCAUUUCGAUCUAGACAAGGCACCGUUUGUGUUGGAUAUUGGCCCGCAAAGUUCGGACCACGCCGGCUCUGGAGCUCUUGCAAAAGAGAUGGAAGUACUCCCGAGGGCCAUGCUAACGAUGAGUGAUAAGAGACCAGGUGGCCGUAGACCACCUCCGUUGAACAUGGGCGCUGUUCGUGCCGCAGAGAAGCGGGGAAGCCUUACAAGUUUGCCUGACCUGAUCCGACGUGCCACGAAACUUGCAUCAAAUUUGGAGCAUGGGAGAACAGCGAGCAGGAACGAUCUUCUAGGUGGUGGAAUCUCCAGGCAUCCAUUUGGUCACCAACAUCGUGGGUCGGGAUCUAUCAAGGAUAUUUUGGCCUCGUUUCCCCCGCCAGCUGCAACGCCGGAGAACGGUCAUUCAUCCUGGCCUUUUUUCUUCAGGCGGUCAACCCUGCAUCAGUUGAAUUCCCGAGAAUCGGGGCCUAGGGAGGCCCAGGAGAAAGGUCAAAAGCGAUCCCGUCGUUGCUGCGGAAUGUCCCUUCGGCUGUUUGUUGUUCUCUGCGUCCUGCUCCUCAUCCUUAUCCUCAUUGCUGUUCUCGUACCCAUCUUUGUUGUCGCAGUACCGAAGCACAAGGCAAGCAGCGCUGAGACAGGAUGUGCGAAGUCCGCGCCAUGUGAAAACGGCGGUGUCAGUGUCUCGAGUGGGGAUGUCUGCUCUUGCGUCUGCGCAAAUGGCUUUACAGGUUCCCGGUGCACAAUAACUGGGGACGCCAGCUGCACCACGACUGAGAUAGAUGACGGAUCCAAAUCCCGAAACGCCACGAUGGGGAGUGAACUCCCGCGCCUAUUCGAAGACUCUCAAAAUAACUAUAGCAUCCCGCUAGACUCUCUCACCAUCAUGGCUCUCUUCAGUCAAAACGACGUUUCCUGUACUACAGAGAACGCUCUUGUGUCAUUCCGAAACGUGCCCAACAGCAAAGCCCGCCGCGCUCUCCCAAAUUCCUUAUUGCAAGAUGAACAAGAGUCAAACAGUGCACCGAUACCUACCGCCACCCCAACGAACACCCCCACGCGAACCCUUGCUGCUCGCGGCUCUACGUCUACGAUGAACGGCAUCAUAUUCGAUGGCUCGGAGCCAACAGAGGUCCACGGACGACCGACAAGCACAACAUCGUCAACAACCAGUGAGAGCCCGGUAGGGACCUCGACAGCCACGGCCACACCGACCACCAUUGUCUCCAGGGAAGCCCUGGAUUUCUCUCGAAUUGCUGUUCUCUACAUUUUUGAGAAAACCGGUACGCUUGAUGCGGCCCUGCUCUCAGAAGAAAAACUCGAAACGUACCUUAGUGGUUCGUACUUGAGCUCGAACCGCAAAUACACCAUCGAUCUUAACAAAUCGGGCGUCAAAGGAAUCUAUACCCUAAACUUUGACCAAUUUCAGAUCACGACUCCAAGUGGAGAUGUCGUGGGUGGGAAGUAA